GGAGUGGGCACCAAUCGCGCUGUAGACUGCUAACAAUAGGCCUGCGUUUUGUGAGGAGCGGUCGGGCCAGACCUUGCCUGCUGCUCCCAUCCCCGCCUGGAGUGCGCCUCCUGGUGGGCGGUCGACCCCCAACUAGGCCCCGACGCCUACCUUCGGGGUGUGGACCCGUCAGGGUUUCUAUGGGAUGUUCCUCAGUAAUAAUGCUGGAUAAUCCAAAUCUGGAAUCAUGAAAAUUUUGUUGGUGUUUGACUUCGACAAUACCAUCAUAGAUGACAAUAGUGAUACCUGGAUUGUACAGUGUGCUCCAGACAAAAAGCUUCCUGUUGAACUGAAAGAGUCUUAUCAAAAAGGAUUUUGGACAGAAUUUAUGGGCAGAGUCUUUAAGUAUUUAGGAGAUGAAGGCGUAAGAGAAGAUGAAAUGAGAAGAGCGAUGACAUCAGUGCCAUUCUCUCCAGGGAUGGUGGAACUUUUCAACUUCAUCAGAAAGAAUAAAGAGACAUUUGACUGCAUCAUCAUUUCAGAUUCAAAUUCAAUCUUCAUAGAUUGGAUUUUAGAAGCUGCCAAUUUUCAUGACAUGUUUGAUAAAGUGUUUACAAAUCCUGCAGCUUUUAAUAGCAAUGGCCAUCUUACUGUGGAAAACUAUCAUGCUCAUUCUUGCAAGAGGUGCCCAAAGAAUCUUUGUAAAAAUGUCGUUUUGGUAGAAUUUGUAGAUAAACAGCUACAGCAGGGAGUGGAUUAUACUCGAAUUGUUUAUAUAGGUGAUGGUGGAAAUGAUGUCUGUCCAGUAACAUUUUUAAAGAAGAAUGAUGUUGCCAUGCCACGGAAAGGAUAUACUUUACAGAAAACACUUUCCAGAAUGUCUCAAAAUCUUGGGCCUAUGGAAUCUUCUAUUGUAGCUUGGUCUUCAGGUGUUGAAAUAAUUUCUUAUUUACAAUUUCUAAUAAAGGAGUAAUAUGCCAGUAGUUGAAAUACAUAACAGCUAAGAUUAAGUUCAGCACUAAAACCAAAAAUGAAAGAAAAAUAGAAAAAGGAAAGAAAGGGUUUACCUCUCACUUCAAAGAAUUUCAAAGGUAUCACAAAGCUGCCAUGCUGAUCUGUCAACUUCAGCGCUGGGCUUCCAACUCAUGAUUGAGACUGCAGCCCACAUAGCAACAUUCUGGCCAGGAAGAAGGAGGGAAGUGAGGUUACAACCCCUUAUCUAAGGAAACUUCCCAGAAGUUAUGCCCAACACUUCAGUUUAAAAGCUGUUGGCCAAAACAUACUCAUAACACUCCAUUAACUUCAAGGAAAGAUAGAAAGCAUAGCUUUCAUUCUGUGUGAUCACAUGCCCAGGAAAUUUUAAGGAAAAAAAAAAGGGCAGCUAAUGGUCUGUACUAGAGGUAGUUGAUAGGUAGAUUAUAUUUUUAAAUUCCUGGAGAGAGUGAUCAUAUUUUAGUCUUCAAUAAUUAUUUUUAAAAGUAUAUUCAGUAGCUCGAGAUCUUAAAAAUAUGUAUGAUU